CAUCAAUGCACGUGCUUACCGGCUACAGUAGAACUGCGCGCAAUUCAAUAUUCUAACUAUUUUGACACAUUCAAUAUCACGCACAGAAGAACAAAAACCUUUUGAUUUAUUUGCUAUCCGUAUUUUAUGAAACACGAUAAAUUUGAGGAAAAAAUUUCGGAUAUUUUUGUUUAAGGUGAACCAUUAACUAAUAGAAAAAAAAAGUCUGCUGGAAAGGUUAUUUGACAUUUUCAACAAAAGGUGCAUGUGUCAUAAAACGAGCAACAACUCUGUUGAUAAAGACAAAUUACAACAAUAGGAUUGCAUCAUGAAUAUUGGGGAUAUUUUUCCAAAUUUCACAGCAAACACCACAAUUGGUGAAAUUGAUUUCUACAAGUGGUUGGGAGAUUCAUGGGGAAUUUUAUUCUCUCAUCCGGCGGAUUUUACUCCUGUUUGCACUACUGAACUAGCUCGUGUUGUUCAACUGUAUUCGGAGUUUCAGAAACGAAACAUCAAACCGAUUGCUUUGUCCAUUGACUCAGCUGAAUCUCAUCUCAAAUGGAUCCCUGACAUUAAGGCCUAUGGAAACAUCGAUCAAAGUACAGAAUUCCCAUAUCCAAUUAUCGACGAUCAAAAUCGUUCAUUGGCUGUUAAAUUCAAUAUGUUGGAUCAGGAUGAAGUAAAUGCAAAUGGAAUAGUUUUGACAUGUCGUGCAGUGUUUGUAAUCGAUCCAAACCAUAAGUUGCGACUAUCUAUCCUGUAUCCGGCGUCAUCGGGACGUAACUUUGAUGAAAUUUUGCGAGUUAUCGAUUCAGUUCAACUGACCGACUCACACAAGGUGGCUACACCGGUCGACUGGAAGGUCGGCGAUAAAUGCAUGAUUCUGCCAACAAUCAAAAAUGAAGAUUGUCCUGCUAUUUUUCCAAAAGGCUUCGAAACAGUCGAGGUUCCUUCGGGCAAAUGCUAUUUACGUAUGACACCAUAUCCAGCAGCCCAGUAAAUACAUAAGAAAGAAACAUCUCCAUUUUAUAAACCAACAGCGUAUUUUUUUUUUUCAAAUAAAGGAUAUUCAAUUCAUUUGAUUUGAUGUG